AUGCGUCUCUCCCUAGCUUUAGGGCUAUUAUCAGCCCUAUCGGCUGUCCAGGCUUCUACUCAUAGGCCGAACCACCAAUAUCAUGACAGCCAGAGACGAUCAACAAACCAAACGGCGGCUGAGGGAGCCACCUCUGAAUAUGACUAUGUUGUCGUUGGAUCAGGCCCAGGUGGCGGUCCUCUUGCAGCAAGAUUAGCCAUUGCCGGAUUCAAGGUCCUUCUUCUGGAUGCAGGGGAUGAUCAAGGAAACGCCACCAGACAAAUGGUGCCUGCUUUGCAGCUCCAGUCAACAGAAUAUGAGCCGAUGAGGUGGGACUACUUUGUCAAUCACUAUUCGAAUUUGACACGCCAGGAGGAAGACUCCAAAAUGACUUAUAGAACUCCUUCCGGGGAUCUUCAUGUCGGUCCUAACCCGCCGACGGGAUCAGACCCCUUGGGAAUCUUGUACCCUCGAGCUGGCACUCUGGGUGGCUGCGCAGCUCAUAAUGCGAUGAUAACAAUUUAUCCGUAUGAAAAUGACUGGGAGCAACUGGCAAGUCUCACUGGCAACGAUUCUUGGUCUGCAUCAAAUAUGCGACAAUACUUCACAAGACUCGAGCGUAACCGAUAUCUCCCGAGCAGUCUGGUGGGACACGGAUUUGACGGGUGGCUCACAACAAGUCUUACUGACUUGCGACUUGUGAUCGAAGAUCAGAAACUUCUUUCUCUCAUUCUCGCUGGCGCGACUGCUGCGGGUCAGUCCUUGCUGGGCAAGCUGAUCACCACGGUUACUGGUCUUGCCGGUGUUCUGCUUCGCGACCUGAACAAUCCCUCCCCAACCCGUGACUAUGACACAGGCCCUUAUCAAGUCCCUCUGGCUGUUGACGUUCCCGAGUACAAGCGAACAGGUCCACGGGAGUUCUUGAUGAAAACCGUCAAUGCUGUGAAUGAUGAUGGCUCUCGCAAAUAUCAUCUUGACAUUCAACUAAAUACACUGGUUACCAAUGUCCGAUUUAACACCGAUGGGGCCAAGCCGCGAGCGGUUGGGGUCGAUUAUCUUCUUGGACAAAGUCUUUACCGUGCAGACCCUCGUGCCUCUCCGACUGGUUCCAACGGCAAGCCAGGGAGCGUCAGUGCCAAACGCGAAGUCAUUCUCUCCGCUGGCUCUUUCAAUACCCCACAGUUGUUGAAGCUUAGUGGUAUUGGUCCACGGGCAGAAUUAUCUAAAUUCGGUAUCUCAACACUUGUGGACCUUCCCGGCGUUGGCUCCAACAUGCAGGACAGGUACGAGACUGGCGUCGUUGGAAAGUCGCCCACCGAUUUCGUUCUCACUUCCAAGUGCACGUUCAUGUAUACCAUGCCGGAUCCUUGUCUGGAACAGUGGGAGAACGACCCUCUAUUCAAAGGAACAUAUACCACCAACGGCAUUGCCAUUGCUAUCAUCCGCAAAUCUUCCGUUGCCGACGAUGAACCUGAUCUUUUCGUCUCGGGAGCUCCCGUGAACUUCCCGGGUUAUUAUCCGAACUACUCUUACGAGGGUCUCAAAGACGCUCAGCAUUGGACCUGGAUUACACUGAAGGCUCGCAGCCGCAAUAAUGCUGGUACAGUCGAAUUAAGGUCGACUGAUCCUCGUGACAUGCCUAUCAUUAAUUUCAAUUCAUUCGAUACGGGCGUGACCGCUAAUGACGCCGAUGAAAAGGAUGUCCAGGCAGUCUAUGAAGCCAUGGAGUUUUCCCGCACAAUCUUCGAUGACUUGAUUCCUCUCGACGGCGGAUUUGAUGAAGUCUGGCCCGGCCCUAAUGUCACUUCCGAGGCUGAUAUGAAGGACUUUAUCCGGCGAGAGGCCUGGGGGCAUCAUGCCUGCUGCACUGCUGCGAUUGGGGAAGAUGGAGACCCCCAGGCUGUGCUUGAUGCCGAUUUCCGUGUUCGAGGAGUUGAUGGCCUGCGCGUUGUCGAUGCCUCUGUCUUCCCCAAAAUUCCGGGUUAUUAUGUUGCUCUCCCAAUUUACAUGAUCAGUGAAAAGGCAGCCGAGGUGAUCAUCGCCGAUGCUGCAUAA